AUGAUGUACGAACCUCUAGAUGCAGCAAUGGAAAGAUUGCUCCGCCAUGCGGAUAGCAUCAAAAGAAUCACUUUCGACGUCGGUAUGUUUUUUUCUUUUUUAAUUCAGGAAUUUUCCCGAACUUGCGGUGGAAUACAGAUUUUUCGCAAUUUUUCUCCAACUUUCAUGGAAAUUGAUCAAAAAAUCACAGGUGAUCGAAUGGUGAAGGUGGCAUACCUCUCCACUUCUAUCGUCUCUCCCAUCGAGAAGGCUUCAACAACUGAAAAUGAUGAUGUUUUUUUUUUCUUUCAACCCACGCAAAAUAAUCAUCUUUAAGGUACCGAAUGAGAAGGAAGUGAACCGUUUGCACUGUUUCCAAAUGGAAAAAGCGGAUGUAGUACUUUUUCACAAUUAUCUCAAAAUGGUAAACAAUUUUUGACUUUUGAACUUUAAAUAUAUUGUUUAGAAAACUGACCUCAAAUCGGAGUCGAUCGUAUACACAGGCCCCGCAAAAAGUCAUCUCCGGGUUCUUUACGAAUCGGAAAAAUCAGUAAUUAAAAAAACCUUUUUUUAUAAUUCAAAAAUGCUAUUUUUUUAGGUUGGAGCACGUCGAUGCUGUCAGUUCAUACGUUACCGGGACCAUUUUUCUUUUGAAAAAUAUCGAAAGCGAAGCUUUCACGUACAACCACAGUGGCACUCCGAAAUACGAGUUCGUUGAUACAAGCUCAACUUCUAUUUUCCCGUUCCUCAUGAUUAACGUUGGAACUGGAGUUUCGGUUAUUGAGGUAUGAUUUUUUCCUUUUUUUAAUUCUACGAAAAAGGAUUGUAUAAAUUUUUCAAGGUGGAAAGCGAGACUUCCUUCAAAAGAAUCGGCGGAAGUUCUAUCGGAGGUGGCACUUUCGUCGGUCUUGGUAAUCUUCUGACUGGAGACAAAAGUAAAAAAAAAACUUAAUUUGUUAAACGUUCAUUAAUGAACACAGAUGUGGAGGAACUUCUGAAAAACGCGGAAAAAGGCGACAACAGCGUUCUGGAUCGCCUUGUUUCCUCCUACAAUCUGUCAGUUUUUUUAUUAUUCAUUCUGAUUUUUGUCAUUUAUUUCAUUCUUCACGGUUUUCCACUGAAAUUUUUCAGCAAAGUGUGACAAAAUUAAAAAGUCCAUCGAUUGAACUUGUUUCUCGAAACGCUUCAAUUAACUUAAAUGAAUGAAUCAUUGUCCCCCAUGCUGUGUGAAAAAUUCAAAUGGAAAUUUUUUUAAUGGGACUCUUAUCUGUUUUUUCUUCAAAAACUUUAAAUUAUUCCAGUGGUCCACUCGUUGACAUGGCCGCUUCCACCAUUGCUUCUUCGUUUGCCAAUGCUGGUUUGGAACGGCACGACUUGGAAAACCUCACCCCUCAAGAUUCGUUGAAAAGCCUUCUAUACAUGAUCAUCAAUAACAUUGGACAGGUUGAAGAUUUUUAUUUUAUUUUUUCUAUCAAUCUUCGAAAUCUUCCCAGAUGGCCUAUUUGUACUCGCAGAAGAGCAAAAUUGAUCGCGUUUAUUUCAAUGGAUUUUUUUGA